AUGACCAGAAGGCCAGGGCUAGCCGAGAGGUUCUUCCCGGACCCUCCGGCCAACCUAGCGGACGUGGAAGACCAAGCCUUCUUGGGCAGCUGGAACCCGGGCUUCGACGUCUCACCGGCAGUGACACCGACCGAGGUCGCGAAAGCAAUAGGAGGGUCAAGCCCCUGGAAGGCGCCAGGAGAGGAUCUGCUCCCGAUGGGUCUUCUGAAGGCAUGUGGAACACCAUUGGCUGAAGUGCUCGCCGUAUUGGCAACGAGGUGCCUGGACCUAGGAUGGUUUCCCAACCGGUUCAAAAGGGCAAAGACCGUAGUGCUACCGAAGCCGGGGAAGGCACCGCCAGUGUAUCAAACCCCGGGGGGGUAUAGGCCCAUUGCGCUACUGCCGACCCUAGGGAAGGUAGUAGAGUCAGUGGUCGCCAGGAAGGUCACUCAAGCUGCUGAAGUCAACGGCCUUCUACCAGACGAACAAACGGGGAACAGGGCACACAACUCCACGGAGCUGGCUGUCCGGCUGGUAGUAGCCCAGGUCCAGGAGGCGUGGAGACAGAAGGCCGCGGCAUCCCUAUUGCAACUGGAGAUCUCAGGAGCCUUUGACACGGUCAACCACACGCGACUACUAGCAACACUGCGAGAAAUGGGCUACCCGAGGUGGCUUAUCCUCUGGAAAAAAGACUGGUUGACGGGCCGAGAGGCCACCCUCCUUCUUGACAGCAAAACGGCGGUACCGACAGCAAUUCGGGCAGGGGUCCCCCAAGGCUCACCACUUUCCCCUGUUCUCUUCAUUCUCUACAUUUCCUCAUUAUACAAGCAGCUACAAGACGAGCACCCACACUUGGCUAUAACAUGGUUUGCGGACGACACCAACCUCCUGGUAUUUGGUCGAAACCCCGAGGCCAAUGUCCGGCAACUGGAGGCGGCGGGAAGGCACCAGCCCCGUCAGACCGAAGGAGUCUACCAGGUUCCUGUGGAGAAGAAGUUGAGGACCCAGAGCUAUGCCCUGUCGAGGCUAACGGCAUCGACGUGGGGACUGGGGCCAGCCAAAGCGCGAGAAGUGUACACAAAGUGCAUCCGGUCAGCGCUGGCCUAUGGCGCAUCGUCGUUCCACAUUCCCACGGAUGUGGGAGGUGAACCGGUGAAGAAAGGCAUCACCAAGGCCCUCGGGAAGGCCCAGAACAAGAGCCUGAGGAUUGUGGCGGGAGCCUUUAAGUCUACCCCCAUCCGUAACCUCGAGACAGAGACGUGGGUACCACCGUUGGACUUAUACCUAAACAAACGGCUUGCAGAUUUCGAAAACCGACUCCAACAACCCGAUCUGGACGACGGCCAAGGCGGCAAGACGGCGGGGAGCGUUGUCCUCACCGCUUGCCGCAUGAUACAGCAGAGACUUAGCUCGAGGAGGGGCAACAGGCAGCCGACCGCAAACCUCGGGACCUCAAGGGCCUACGGCGGUGGAGAGAGCUGCGGGCACGGUCAUGCGCUGGACGGGGGGAAUCGUUGA